AUGGGACCGAUCCUCGCAACAAGCGUGUGGAGGAUCGCAGCAAGAGCACCGACGUUGGCGGCACGAGCUGGCCCGAGCACUAGCACCACCGCGGUACCGAUCAUCUCGAGUGCAUCUCGAUGGCACACUCGCAUUGGCAAAGAGGAUGAAUGGGCGUGCAGAUCAUAUGGUUCAAAAGCACGAGCUCCGGCACAGCAAUCAGGACCACGAAGGGCUGUGCAAUGUAUAGCUUUUGGCAAUCGUGCCUUUUCAGCCCAUUCAAUAUCUCGAUAUGCGGACGACGUCAAAGGCAAGAAUGCUUCUGAUAGCACCCGAAUCCAGCACGAUGAACACAACAAGCAGGUGGAAGCAUCGGACAAGCAGGACGUCAGCUCAGAUACAAGAGAUCAAGCGAUAGAGCAGUCGAAAGCACCAGAGCCAUCAGCAUCAUCUAGCUCCAACCCCUCCUCGAAACCCUCUUCAGCGGCAUCAGACACAACUCCUAAUACCCCAUCAGCCAUGUUUGACCGCCUUCGCAACACCCCUCUCCCCUCGUUCGACGGUCUCACAUCCUCCUCUUCGCUGUCAACCACCCUCUCCACCCUCACCGAUCACACUCGAACCCUCAUCUCCCGACUCCGCUCCAAGAUUUCCAACCUCUCCACCCAAUACAACACGCACACAGGCUACACGGCUAUCGAAACGCUCAAGUCGCGCAUCACACUCCUCGAGACCUCUCUCGAGUCCGCACGCACGCUCGCGUCCGCCGCCAAAAAAGCCUACCUCCAAUCCGUCCAGUCUCGCAGCACCUCCCAACGCGAGACCAACGAUCUCCUCUCUCGCAAAAACUCCUGGACGGAAUCCGAUCUCUCGCGCUACACCGAGUUGCUCCGCAAAGAACACGCACUGAGUCGUCAGGAGACCGAAGCGGAAAAGGAGCUGGAGAGGAGCGAGGCCGAGGUGCAGGCGUGUUUCGACGAGCUGAUGAAGGCCGUCAUGGUGAGGUACCAUGAGGAACAGAUCUGGUCGGAUAGGAUGAGAGGUAUGAGCACGUACGGGAGUUUGCUCGUGGCAGGGUUGAAUGCGGUGCUGUUCGUUCUGGCGAUUUUGUUGGUGGAACCGUAUAAGAGGAGGAGGUUGGCCGAGACGUUCGAGCAGAGGUUGGUUGCGGCGGAGGAGCAGUCGAGGAGGUUGAUAUUGGAUAGUGUCGAGGGGUUCAGGGGCGAGCUGAGGAGUUUCACGAGCGGGAUAGAUCCAGGGCAUAUGGAGAUGGAUUCUCCGCCGUUGCUUCCACCGCCAACAGACGAGAUGGAAACAGUACCCGCCGUUGAGCAGGACGAGGCAACGACACCACCUACAAAGCAGCGAUACGCGCGCGAGCAGGAAGAAAGGCUGGUGUUUGCUUCCACCGUAGGCGUCGUGAUGGGCGCCGCACUGUCCCUCCUCAUCAGCGCGUGUUGGUCUUGA